UAAAGAAGAAGAAGAAGAAGAAGAAAUUUUUUGUGUGUAUUUGUAUACUAUUGUGAUGAUAUUACAAAAUGGCUGCAGAAAUUUAUUCGACAUAGAUUAAAUGUGCUUGGUGUACUUUGAAAAUACGUUUAAAUAUAUUUUCACAUUUUUCAUGGGUGAAACGCGAUAAGAUUGUAUUGAUACUGAAAAAUUUGAGGAUUCACAAUGCAGAACUUUGAUGAUCUUGACAUUGAGGGGAGAAAUCCAAGCCACCAGUCUGAAGAGGAAAGAGAAAAGGAGGAACAUGAUCGCAAGCGAUUGAUGAGAACGAGCGUGACUGCCGAGGAUGGAACUUUAAGACCAGUAUAUUCCGAAACUGAUGAUGGUGACAUUUGGUGUCAUAUUUGUAAUGUAGCUCUCUUUGGAGCUCACAAGUUACUCAGUCACAAUAUCUGCAAUCGUCAUAAAAUUAAAUUAGACGAAUGGCCAUAUCCCGUAUUGUUGUGGUCAAAAAAAUCGGACACAUUGAAUAAAUGUGUAAUUAAACCUAACCCAGGAUCUUUAGCACCAGGAGAGCCACUUCCUCCAGGAAUGGAAGAUCAGAUUGUAAGGAACACGAGCAUACAAGUCAGCCUGGACCGUCAUCGUAGUUCACCUCUUGUUGGUUUAGAAUAUCUACUCGAAUUGGUAGAUAACGAUAGUUGUGAGCCAAGUUACACAUGUGUUUUGUGUGAUAAGCGAGGAGAUCCACGAACAGUAAUGGCACAUAUCACCAGUUACAAUCAUCGUAUGGCUUAUUUGAACAGGCAUUUCCCUACGAUUUCACGGGCAAUUAUGGAGUUGCCCCGCACGCCGAACUACAAACGCGGAGCAAAUGAGAUUUUGGUGUUGGUUGCAAAGAAAAUUGAAGAGCAAUUGGGUAGACUGCAACCUCAGUUGGUGGACAAGGGUCAAUUUGAAAAGAACAAGAUGCAGUUUAUUAAAAAAGUCUAUCAGGACUAUCACUUUAGGGAAACGCCCGAGUUUACGUUAAUGGAAAUUUACGAUGUGCGAUGGGUGACGAAUUUUGAAGAAAAGAUGGCAGAAGUUUUGAAAGAGACAAAAAAAGAAGAUCCACAACUUGAAGAUAAUAAUAAGGUUCUAGAAGAGGUGGAAAAGUUGGAAGAGUUGGAGAAGGAAAAAGGGAAAGAAUUGGAGAGGGAGAGAGAAAAGGAAAUAAGAGGAGGAGGGGGAGAGAAGGAAAAGGAAAAAAUAAAACUUAAGGAAAGAGGAGGAGGAGGAGAGAAGGAAAAAGAAAAAAGAAGAAGUGAUGGCUACAGAGAUGGAAAAGAGAGAGAAUUGAAAAAAAGAGAAUCCAGGUCUGACUACAAUAAGGAGAGCAAGAAUUACAAAAUUCGAAUAUUGACCAAGGACAAGAUCAACAAAAAAGUAGAGAAAUCACCGCUCAAAGAGAAAUUGUUGUCGAGCAAGCCAGAUGAUUUAAGAUCUCUAUCAUCGUUGUCGAGUAUUUCCAGUAGUCCAUCACCAGUUCGCUCAAGAUCUCGUGAACGUUCGCGUAGUCGCGGUAGGUCAAAUGCCUUUGAUAAAGGUUACAGCAAAUCACGGCGCGUUAAUCGUCCACGAUCACGUGGUCGUUCACGUUCACGUUCAGUUGAAUUAGUUCGGGAGCGCGAUAAAUGGGACAAAUACAAAGAGCAGAUCAGGCGAGCCGAGGAAACACUGGAGAGAGCAUUGAAGUUUCAUGAAAAAAAUCCCGAGAAACAUCCCGCUUAUCCAGACGAGUGGAAGAAAUUUUGGAAUCGUCGAUACAAGGAACUGCAAUCGGAAGGUAAAGAUCCAAGUAAACACGACUUUAAGCCCGAAUGGAUUGAAUUUUGGAAUAAGCGAAUGCGCGAGCUGCAUAACGAACAAGUGAAUCAACGUAAGGAAGAAAUACGUAAAAGACUCGAACUUCCUGAGGAGAAACCGACGACGGCGACGACUACGACGACUACGACGACAGAAAAACAACAUACUGCAACAACAAGCACAUCGAGGAAAAAUAAGGAAAGAUCACCGAGUCCCAAGCGUCGACAUCAAGAGAGUGAUGACGAAGUUGAAUACGUAGGGACAAUGAAGAUUAGGCCUGAUUUUCAUGAUCGUUAUGAUAUUGUCAGGGAGAGAGAAAGAGAUCGAGAGCGUGAACGUGAACGUGAGAGGGAAAGAGAGAGAGAACGUGAGAGGGAUCGCGAGAAGGAUCGCGAGAGAGAAAGAGAGCGCGUGAGGGAUAGAGAAUUGGAGAGGGACCGAGAAAGAGAUUACUAUGUUUCUUAUUCCAGAGGCCGAGGGUAUAGACCACCUGCUAUUCCACCGUAUUAUGGACCUCCUAGAAUCGCGACAACCAGACCGAGAUAUCAUUCAUCCCCUUAUCCACCAGCUGAAAAAUCACCUAGUCCCGUUAAGGAAGAGAUUCUCAGUGAAGAUCUCGAAAUUGUUGGAUUACUUCGUCUGCUCACUGCUCUUGAGGGACAGUUGGGCUCAUUAGGUCCCAAAAUUGUUUCUCUUUUAUCGAAAGCAUUAGCGGCAGAGAAAGUGAAACCAAAUUCUGCAGAGGAAUUGCUCUACGAUGAAGAAGUCAGCGUCAUGUUUGAAACUGUAAAAGAAAAAUUGAAGGGUCAACUUUUUGCAGGAAUGAUUGAAAAAAUGGCGAUUGCUCCGACUAAAACGGCGAUUCAAAAUAUCGCUCAACUUUUACAUAAGGCAGCCGAAAACAAAAAGAAACUCGAGGAGGAAAAGAGAAAGCAAAAGGAGCUUUUGGAACUCUCUAAAUCCAUGAAUAUCUUUAACAGAUCCUAUCCCCGGCUCACAGAUAUGAAAACAACAACUCUCAAGUCGGAACCCGUCAGCGUUCCUGGCGUCGGCGCUAUUGAUAAAAUUGCCAUCGCGCAACAAAUUGCCGCAGCAUUAGUUGCUCAAGGUAGAUCGAACGUCUCACAAGAAGAACUCGAGACAUUAAUCAAUGCUGUUGUUGGAAUGGCGGAAGCUUCGAAACAAAGUAAUAAGCCCGUAACUACCGCUGACUUUGUGAAAGGCUUGACAACUACCGACUCAGCCUCUCCUGCACAAGAUUCCCCUCCACCUCCGCCUCGAGCUCCUAGUCCUGCACCACCGAUUGCCGUUAAAAAAAUUGCCGUUGAAAAAUCUGUCGAGUCUCAAGCCAAAAAAAUGGAGAGUUUGUCAGAUGAAGAUCUUAAAGCUCUAUUACAGAACUUUAAGGAAUUGGGAACUGAGGAACAACACGGUCUUAUAAGUUUUCUAAAAAAGUUGGAAGCCACCGAUCUUGCUCGUGUCGAGAAGCUUCGUGCUUAUGUCAAUCUGGGAGCACCACCUUCAUCCUCGUCGACAAAAUCCAAAGAGAAAAGUCUCACUCCUGAAAUUGAGACUAAUGUCAAAGGCCGCAGAAGCAUUUCACCUUUCUCGACUCGAAAGGGCAAUCAAAAUCCACCCGACGAUGAGAACAAGUGGAAGCCAAAAUUGGACAUGUUUGCUGCUGACGAGGAAACAACAAAGAAUCAUGACGAUAAGAGGAAACUCGAAUUUUCAGACGAUGAUGAUGAUGAUUAUACCUUUGAAGAUAUCUACAAAGCAGCUGAUAAAAAUGUCAAUGAAAAUCAGAAGGCAAAAUGUUCAAGAUCACGAUCAAAUUCACCGAGGUCUUGGUCAAAUCAGAGAUCGAUAUCAAGGUCCAGAUCUAGAUCACCAGUUAAAAUUAAAGAACCCCCCAAGACCAGUGAUCCAAAUGCGAUUUUGAAUGAGACAAAACGAUUAAUUGCAAAUAUUAUGGGUGAUUUGCCCAAUAAAUAUUCUUCGCAUAUGACGUCAAACAAUGAAGGACAAUCAUCACCAAACCCUGGGAAAAAUAAUUCUGAUGACGGAGGUCCGUAUAGCCAUAAUUAUGGACGUAAUUUGACUCAAGUAAAUUCUAUCGGCUGCGGCGGCGGCGGCGGCACCGGUUCAUCUUUAAAUCCACCAAGUAAUUAUCCACCAAUGAAUCAAUUUUCAAAUUAUCCAGCACAAUCCACAAUGUUUAAUUCAAAUCAAGGCUACAUGAACAAUGGAUACAGUAAUUAUAAUCAAGGCUUUCCUCCAAAUCCAAACCAAUUUGGUGUUGGUGGAGGUGGUGGUCCCCCGAAUCAGUAUUCACAACAGUCUUCUUAUGGUCAAAAUCAAUUUUCUGGACCACCUGGAAUUGGUCCACCUGGAUAUCCUCCUCAACAAUUCAAUAAUUAUCCUCAACAGCAGCGAUUUUAUUAAUUUUUUCAGUAAUUUUAAUAAAGUAAGCAGGGGCUGUGAAAACUUGGCUGGAGAAUUUCGCAAAUCAAUUAACAUAAAUAGUUUCACUUACGUGAUGAGUAUUUCGUUUGGAAUAAUCAAUUUUCUUUGGUUUAUAAAUAUUAAUUUCGCAAUUUAAGAAAUUUCUUUUCUUAUGUAUAACAUUGAAACAAUUCAUAUUCAACAAACGCUCAAUUAUGUAACCGCAAAUUAUUUCUAUUAUCCGCUAUAAUUUUUUUAUAUUGUUAAUAUAUGCAUUUUUUCAAUUAGUUAAAUUGUCAGUUUUUAUUAUAUUUAAAAUUAAAACCGAUCGUAAGAGAAACAAUAAGUACAACAGAAGGAAAUGCUACAAUAAAUUUAGUACUAAUUUUGGAUUUGUUAAAAAUAAUACCCCAGCAUGUAUUCCAAGAAAAAUGUUUCCAUUAAAAUUUCAAAUUUUCCAACA